CCCGGGUGGCAAGACGCCGCGCUCCGUUGGUGUUGGCCGCUCUGCUUGUCCACCCAGCUGAGGGGAUAAUGAAGCAGAGAGAGCAGAGGUAGAUAGACUCGAUGGCCAUGGGCAUGGCGGCAGCAGCAGCGGCCUCCCCCUCUUGCUCAUCCCCUCCAUGGCACGCCUCCUCCUCCACCACCACACGCAGCUGCCGCUCCCUCCUCCACACAGCCACCGCCACACGGCCCGCCGCUUCUCCGAACGCGCGCCGCCUUGGCCGCCGCCCGCGCGCGCUGCCGGAGACGGCGCUGGUGGCGGCCGGCGUGGCGGCGGCGGGGGUCGCGGCCGCCGCCGUGCUCCUGCGGGGCGAGCGGAAGGCGGAGCAGUCGGCGCAGAGGGAGCAAGGCGAGAAGAAGGAGGCGGUGGAGGAGUGCUCCGCCUGCGGCGGCAGCGGCCUCUGCCCGCGGUGCAAGGGGGAGGGGUUCGUGUUCAAGGAGGUCGGCGAGGAGGCGGCCGGCCGGGCGCGGCGGGCCGCCAAGAACAUGGCCACCCGCUACACCGCCGGCCUCCCCACCAAGUGGACCUACUGCAACCGCUGCUCCUCCACCCGCUCCUGCACCGCCUGCGACGGCUCCGGCGCCGUCCCCGCCCGCGCUAAGACGACCACCACCAAUUAGCCUUAGCCAAAGCUGCCUCAUUUUUCAGUACGUAAUAUAGUUGCUGCAGCCAGUCGAUCUAGCAAGUAUCCAACUCUUUCUUCUGCCAUGAAUCAAUCAAUCAAGGGGAGUUCUUCAUGUUCA